UGUGCAUUUGCUACAUUUUGCCAAUCCGGACUCGCGCGUCUAAGUGCUGAGGGUUGAUGUGAGGAGGUUUUUUGCAAUUGCAAAGACUUGGCUCUACUUUUUCGAUGAUAGCACAUAUAUUUGUUCAAGACUGCUAUCUGAAAACAGUACCUGGGAACAUCUGCUGAAGGAAACGAUCUACUAGCAACAGUAUCAAAGUGCUCUAUUUUGGGCAGAUAAGAUUGCAUCCCUGUCACAUGAAGACCCCCAGGAUAUCUACUGGCUAGCACAGUGCCUUUACCUCACCUCUCAGUACCAUAGAGCCUCCCAUGCCCUCCGCUCACGUAAACUAGAUAAGGUUACUGCCUGUUACGCGAAUGCAGUAAGCCAAGUUGUAUGGCGCUUGUCAAUAUCUUGCUGCUAGGUGCCACUAUGCUGCCAAAGAGUUCCAGCAGGCCUUAGACAUCCUGGACAUGGAGGAGCCAACCAGCAAGAAGCUGCUGGACCGGAGUGUCAAAGAGGAGAACAGGAUACAAGAGUCAGACUGGGAGAUGACCCCUGCCUCUAUCAACAGUUCCAUCUGCCUGUUGCGGGGGAAGAUCUAUGAUGCCAUGGACAACCGGCCUCUGGCCACGUCCAGCUACAAAGAGGCCUUGAAACUGGAUGUGUACUGCUUUGAAGCCUUCGACCUUCUAACGUCCCACCACAUGCUGACUGCUCAGGAAGAAAAGGACUUCCUGGACUUGCUUCCUUUGAGCCAACAGUGCACAGAGGAAGAAGACAAAUUACUUCACUUCCUGUUUGAGAAUAAAUUGAAGAAGUAUAACAAACCCAGUGAUAUGGUGGUCCCAGAGAUGGUCAACGGUCUCCAGGACAAUUUGGACGUGGUGGUCUCCCUUGCUGAGAGGCAUUAUUACAACUGUGACUUCAAAAUGUGCUACAAACUCACUUCCAUGGUGAUGGUGAAAGACCCAUUCCAUGCCAACUGUCUACCUGUUCAUAUAGGAACACUGGUGGAACUCAGCAAAGCAAAUGAACUGUUUUACCUUUCGCACAGGCUUGUGGACUUGUAUCCCAACAACCCAGUCUCUUGGUUUGCUGUGGGAUGCUACUAUCUAAUGGUUGGUCACAAAAAUGAACACGCGCGUAGAUAUCUCAGCAAGGCGACCACUCUGGAGCGGACGUACGGUCCGGCAUGGAUCGCCUACGGUCACUCGUUUGCAGUGGAGAGUGAACACGACCAGGCCAUGGCUGCCUACUUCACUGCUGCUCAACUGAUGAAGGGAUGUCAUCUCCCCAUGUUGUACAUAGGGCUGGAGUACGGUCUUACAAAUAACUCUAAACUGGCCGAGCGCUUCUUCAGCCAGGCCCUGAGCAUAGCACCAGAAGACCCCUUUGUCAUGCAUGAGGUGGCCGUUGUGGCCUUUCAGAAUGGAGACUGGAAAACAGCCGAGAAGUUGUUCCUGGACGCAAUGGACAAGAUCAAAGCCAUUGGGAAUGAGGUAACAGUGGACAAGUGGGAGCCACUCCUGAACAACCUGGGUCACGUAUGUCGAAAACUGAAGAAGUAUGUCCAGGCGUUGGAGUACCACCGCCAGGCCUUGGUUCUCAUCCCCCAGCACGCGUCAACCUACUCCGCUAUCGGAUAUGUGCACAGCCUCAUGGGAGACUUCGAGAGCGCCAUCGACUACUUCCACACAGCACUCGGUCUUAAGCGAGAUGACACGUUUUCUGUGACGAUGCUCGGCCACUGCAUUGAGAUGUACAUUGGCGAUACGGAUGCCUACAUAGGUAAAACUUCCUACAUAGGAACGGACAUAAAAGACAAAGUCCGUGGGACGCUGAGCACCCCGGGGUUGAUGAAGAUGCUGAACACGUCGACGGAACCCAGUAACGCUCGAACCACGGUUCUUCUGGAGGAGAGCGGCAUCAUGGCCCUGGAGACGCCGCAGUCCAAUCAGGACAAGGCCUCGUUGGACACGCCCCUGCGGAGCUCGCUGCCCCUGGAAUGCAACAUGUACGAGAGUGACAUGAUGCUCGAGACCUCGAUGUCCGACACCAGCGCGUGAUGUCACUGAUGAUAUCAUAGUAGUGGCAGGUUGCCUGAUCCCAGCCUCGGGACCCAUUACCAACCAGACAGUUGGCAUUUAUCUAUAGGUUUCUCGUCGUGUUCCCCUCUUGGGGAUUUGAAAUGAUGGGAUUGGAAUAGACUAAGCGAUGGGGAAGAGGUUAAGGCAGAGCUUUUUAGCAUGAAUUUGACCUUCAGUCCAAUUGGUUUUGUUGGAAAAAUAUGUCACGCUCAGUACCGUAUUGUAAAAUAUAUAUUUUUUGGGCUGAAUGAAUAUUGCUCACACUAUUUCAAUCCGUUCAUAUUCCCAAGGGAGGUUGAAAGGGACCUGGGGAUGUGAGGUGUGGGCUUGGUUUGGAUUUGUGCCUCAGGCGAGUAGUCUGAAGACAGUGGGGAAAGCAAAGACAUGGUACUCUGAUGCUUAACAGAAUGGAAUGAAUGCAGCAGUAACUGACUGUGCCCCCUACUCCUGCCCACUAGCAGGAACGUGUGUUGCUACCUGUGGAUUUUUACUUUGAAUAAAGAAAAAAAAAAUGCUGAAUGCAAGAGCGUUUUGAUGAAAAUACUGGUAAUACUUACAAUAAACCAUGUUUAUCUUUUUA